GUCAACAGCCUCGCUAGUAUCCGUCGUCCAGUCCGGCCAACACCUUUUCUUGUUGUGCCACCCCUUUCCACCACAGCUCAUCACUGGUUCCCUGACACUAUCCUCUUCAGCUUUUGAGAGCAGACCAGUCAAGAUGCAGGCCCCAGUCCUGGUUAUGAACACCGCCAGCGGUGAGAGGCAGACUGGCAGGAAGGCGCAGUUGUCCAACAUCGCUGCUGCGAAGAUCGUUGCCGACAUCAUCCGAUCAUGUCUCGGCCCCAAGGCUAUGUUGAAGAUGCUUCUGGAUCCCAUGGGAGGCAUCGUGCUCACCAAUGACGGACACGCGAUUCUGCGAGAAAUCGAGGUCUCGCACCCUGCUGCGAAGAGCAUGAUCGAGCUCAGCCGGACCCAGGACGAGGAGGUCGGCGACGGUACCACAACGGUCAUCAUCUUGGCCGGUGAAAUACUGGCACAGGCAUUGCCCCAGCUUGAGCGAAACAUCCAUCCCGUGGUCAUCAUUUCCGCCUUCAAGCGUGCCCUUGCCGAUGCCCUACAGAUCAUCGAAGACAUCUCUCUUCCCAUCGACAUCAACGACGACAAGGCCAUGUACGGACUGAUAUCAUCGUCGAUCGGCACCAAGUUUGUCUCGCGGUGGUCGGAGCUCAUGUGCAGCCUCGCCCUCAAGGCCGUGCGGACCGUGUCGUGGGAGGUUGGCAACGGCAAGACUGAGGUAGACAUCAAGCGGUACGCCCGUGUCGAGAAGGUUCCUGGUGGUGAGAUUGAGGACAGCAGGGUUUUGGACGGUGUCAUGCUCAACAAGGACAUCACACACCCUAAGAUGAGGAGGAAGAUUGAGAACCCCAGGAUCGUGCUGCUCGACUGCCCGCUCGAGUACAAGAAGGGAGAGUCGCAGACGAAUAUCGAGAUCUCCCAGGAGGAGGACUGGCAGCGGAUAUUGCAGAUCGAGGAAGAGCAGGUCAAGAUCAUGGCUGACGCGAUUCUGGCCGUCAAGCCGGAUCUUGUCAUCACCGAGAAGGGAGUGUCAGACCUCGCCCAGCACUACCUGAUGAAGGCCAACGUCACAGCACUGCGCCGUGUGAGGAAGACGGACAACAACAGAAUCGCGCGGGCCACGGGCGCCACCAUUGUCAACCGGGUGGAGGACCUCCAGGAGUCGGACGUCGGCACCAAGUGCGGCCUGUUCGAGAUUGAGAAGAUCGGCGAUGAAUACUUCACCUUCCUGACGCAGUGCUCGGAGCCCAAGGCCUGCACGGUGCUGCUCCGCGGUCCUUCCAAGGACAUCCUCAACGAGGUCGAGCGAAACCUGCAGGACGCCAUGGGCGUGGCACGCAAUGUCAUGUUCCACCCGCGCCUCUCUCCCGGCGGUGGCGCGACAGAGAUGGCUGUGUCUGUGAAGCUGAACGAGAUGGCCAAGGGUGUCGAGGGUGUGCAGCAGUGGCCUUACAAGGCUGUGGCCGAGGCGAUGGAGGUCAUCCCCCGGACUCUGAUCCAGAACGCAGGCGCAAGCCCUGUGCGUGUCCUCACGGAUCUGCGCGCCAAGCACGCCGAGGGUCUGACCUCGUGGGGCAUCAACGGGGACACGGGCGCGCUGGCCGACAUGAAGGAGUAUGGCGUGUGGGAGCCGCAGGCGAUCAAGCUGCAGAGUAUCAAGACGGCUAUCGAGGCUGCCUGCCUGCUGCUGCGUGUCGAUGACAUCUGCAGCGCGAAGAAAGCACCAGCUGGUGUCGGUACGGGUGGGGGUGAUGACUGAAGAGAGAAGCUGCGAGAUUAGACUUGAUGCCCUGCAAAUAAAAAGAUGUGUUGGCUUGAUCAUACCCUGUAUUACCUACCCAUAGAUACCGGUCCAGGUAGAGAAGAAAAAAACACAAAAUGACACUUCGCAGCAGAUGUGUGUGCUGCCCGCGCGCCUUCCCGUCUUUUAACCUGGUAUCUGCGUCUCCUGUUUCCCAAUUUCUGCUCAAUCAUCAUCAUGAAUGAGUAAUCCUGGUGUGCUUCCUUCAGGUGUAGCUACCUGACGAGUCUUGGCGUCCUCAGUGUCGACAUCCAUCUUGCCAUCGCCAGCCUCGCCGUCCCCAUCCCUGUUCCUAGCUUGCACCACGCGUGCCUUGACACCACGGCCACCAUUGGCAGCUGUGCCGCCGUCUGGCUGCUGGUGCUGCUUGGGCCCAUCCUUCCUGCCCGCCUUGGCCUUGUCCUUCCUCGCCUUCAUCUUCUCCCUCUUGGCGCGGUUCCUCUCCGUCUUCUUGCGGUCCUCCUCCUCCAGCUCCUUCUUCUUCUCCUCAAAGUCCCGCUGCGCCUCGUCCCGCCUCACCUCCUCGUCCAUAAUCCUGAGCCGCUCAUACUCGCGCCGCCUGGCCGCCUUGUAGACGUGGAACUCGCCCGACCCGGCACCGGCUGACGAACCCUGGACGUUGGUCACGAUCUCGGGCGGGAGGGGAAGCUUUCGUUUUGGAUCGGGGGGGCCCGUAGGGAUGCGGAUGUCCUGGUCGGGUCGGGCAAAGAGGCUGUCGAGCUGGGAGGCCUGCUGGGAGACGGGGGUGAGGGCGCGCUUCUUGACGGGCCGCUUGGAGCGCGGGUCGGCGGAGACGGGGAUCGACUCGGGGCCCGGGGCAGACAUGGCGGGCGGAGGAUGUGUUUCUCUGCUAGAGUAUUCAGAAUAUCUGUCCUACUGCUCUUUGACCGGGUCGAGUGGAAUUGUACCGGGUGUGGGUGGUAUUGUU